AUUCAAAUCGAUGACAGUUUGGAUUACGGAGCAUUUCUAUUUGCAAGUUCCAGCUGCUGCGGCUCCAGAUACAGUUCCACCGGAUCUGCACGACCGGAUUAUAAUUAUAACAAAAUCCCUUUAGGAACCGGACGAUAUCCCGAAUACGGCGAACGACACCCUGUCGACAGAUGGGGAUGGCAAACCCAAAGUCGACCCCCAGGUUCCACCGGGAGCAGCUCUAGACCCGGAGGAGCAGGAGGAGGAGGAGGAGGGAGUGCGAACGGAGGCUACAGCGGAAACGGAGUCUACGCAGGAAGUCAGUCGGGAGACAGGUACGGACCGCGUCCAGUGUAUGGAAGUGAAAGUUCAAACAGACCAAGUACUUUGGGAUACGGUUCAGGAAACGGAGGCUAUGGCUAUGGCGGCAAUGGUUACGGGGGCUAUGGUAGACCGACUGGAUAUGGAAGCUAUGGGGUUUCGGGAACGUUGGCCGACGGUGACGAAUUUGGUUCUGGUGAUCUGGAAGGAAGCAUGCCGCAACCUCCAGGAAAUCUUCACACACAAAAAGCCGUAGCAUUGAAAGCUCUAGCUGGUGUUGCAUUGAUCGGGGCAGCAGCGGCAUUAGCUUCAAAUCCGGUUCUCCUGCCGAUUGGCAUCGUGACUGGAAGAAAAAAAAGAUCGGAAACUUUCUCAGAGGAAACGCUGACCGAUUUCCAAAUGGAUUACAUUUUGAACACGCUAAAAAGAAAUUUGGCCGAGAUACAGAGAGGUAGUUCGACCAAUAGACUGGUUGUUUCUCCAAGAUGCGUCGCUAGACUGACAUGCGAAAUUCAAAAAGAUUAUUUGACUGAAAUCGACAAGGAUACAGAGUUCUUGGACACGGACCGAAAAUAUUAUCUCAUUAAGCUACUGCAGAAAAAUGUACUUAAUAUCUCUUCCGUGAGUGCAAAUGUGAAGAACUUGAUCAAAUUUGCCGCCGGCGUUGCAUCAGAAAAUAAAAACUGCGAUGUAUUUACUUGCAAUUAUGUAAGAAAAGGUUGAGUAAAAUUUUAAUUGGUCCUUCACUGCGCUACGCGUGAAACACGACCGUCUCUUGAUAAUUCAUAUUAUAAUUCACAUUUAUCACUGUUUGACAAAGAAAA